AUGGCCAGACAACGUGCCCGUGCCAACGAGACGUCAGUCCCGCUUGCUCAGGAGUUGCAGGCUCGGGCCAAAGCGAACGGCUACAAGAGAGGGGCACACGUAGAAGUGGACAAGAUCCGCAAUAAAGGGAAACACAACGGCAAGACGAUAAAGGAUCAAGAUGCGACUCUCGACCGCUACGUACUGUAG